GGCAGCCUAUUGGCGGCGUCAGAAUAGAGGCGGGACUUGAGUGCGCUGUGUGAUUGGCUAGGUGGCACGUGAUGAUAGACGGAAGUAGCAGAGCCCGGUGCUGUGUGCAUGGUUUAAUCCUUACAUCCAAAAUAUGGAAGCAAAUAAUGACGGGAGCAUGUCCCAGGUCCGGCACGUUGUGUUGGUCCUGUCGGGGAAAGGAGGAGUGGGCAAGAGCACCAUCACCACAGAGUUGGCCCUGGCUCUCAGGCACGCUGGGAAGAAGGUUGGCAUCCUGGACGUUGACCUAUGUGGACCCAGUAUCCCCCGCAUGCUGAGCAUUGGCAGGCCUGAUGUACACCAGUGUGACUCGGGGUGGGUGCCCGUCUACACGGACGCCGAGAAGACCCUCGCCCUGAUGUCCAUCGGCUUCCUGCUGGAGGACCCGGAUGAAGCAGUGGUGUGGAGGGGGCCCAAGAAAACUGCUUUGAUUGGCCAGUUCGUGUCAGACGUAGCAUGGGGAGAGCUGGAUGUGCUGCUGGUGGACACGCCGCCGGGGACGUCUGAUGAGCAUUUGGCGGUACUGGAGAACCUUAAGAAACACAGCCGCGUGGAUGGAGCCGUUUUGGUGACCACACCACAGGCAGUAUCCACAGGGGAUGUAAGGAGAGAGAUCACAUUCUGCAAGAAGACAGGCGUCCGGAUCCUGGGAAUCGUAGAGAACAUGAGCGGCUUUGUUUGUCCACACUGCUCAGAAUGCAGCAAUAUAUUCUCAAAAGGCGGCGGUGAAGAGUUGGCCAAGCUGACCGGAUCAAUAUUCCUGGGUGCUGUGCCCUUGGAUCCUCUGCUCAGCACCAGUAUAGAGGAGGGCAAGGACUUCAUCCAAACAUUUCCCGACAGUGCCACCUUCAGCGCCAUCAGCAGUAUAUCUCAGACUCUGUUCGAAAGCCUCCAAACUGCAUGAGACAUGAAUUUAUUUGCACUGAAUUCUGUUCACAUUUUAGUAUACAGGCUCUGUGAAAUGUACAUAACGCAGAAAUGUUAAUCAUUGUGCAAAUGUAACAGUUUUUAGUUGCAUUAUUUCCCUGUACAGUUAAAACAUUAUAUUAAACUAUUUCCUGAUCA